GUCUUUUAUUUUUUCGAUUUCUACAAUCCGGAACGUUUCUUUCUCCCCUCUUUGCCUCUCACUCUGCCUCUCUCUCUCGGACUUGCUCUUCUCGCUUUUUCCGUGUGUGUCCCCACUUGCUGGUUCUACCGCUUCUCUCUAUCUCCCUCGCUCUUUCUCGUUACAAACUUCUCCGUCUCUCUGUCUCCCGUUUCUCCCUCUCUUCCUGACUCCGUAUUCCUCUCGAGGUUUCUCUGUGCUUCGUUCGACGAUGUAAACAGACUGAUAUUUUACGAAGGAAUUAUUAACGUUCCUGCACCAAUUUCACCAUCCCGUACAACCGUACGCUGCUGUUAUCACUUCGACAAGUGUUGUGCGUGCACCGGAGUGACGCACCUAUAGCUGAAAUAGGCGCGCAUCAACAACCAGCAUUUCUUCGAUGACAUUGCCUUUGAUUGGUGACGAUUCGUGGGACAACAUUCGCGUAGAUCGGGAGAAAGAUAUGCGUAACAUUUUUUCGAUCGCGAUGCUCGAUCUCUCCACGAGGUUGUAGAUAAGCAUUCUCCCGCGCUACGGACACGGGCGUGAAACAGGUCCAAGCAGGACCGAAGUUAAGUGACCCUAAAGUGCGGAAAUAAACGAGACACUGGUUACGUGCAUAACCAUAUGCAAUAGUGGAACAAUGAAGAAGUUAUCGUUUGAAAUUACCAACUGAACAUGGAGGUUCUAUCGAGAGAUUCAGUGAUCGAGCAUCGAGCAUAUUAGAUAUGCUUCGUACGAUUAGGAAGAGACUGAAUGACUGAACAAAAUUAUAAGGAAUGAUAUUCUACUCGAGCCUAUUGGAUGUUAGAUAAGCUGAAAAAUGUCUGGUGAUUCAGGAUGGAGUGCUGUUAUUCACCAUCCUUCAGAAUUAGAGUUGCAGAAUUGGAAUUGGGAAGAGAAUGAUGGGGAGCAAGAAAGAGAGCUCCCUUCGACCGUCGACAUGGAUGCCAUAAAGGGUGGCGGUAGUUGGCCAACCACUGAACCUAAUGAACUCUUAUCAGGUACAGAUUCUGUCGAUUCUGAAGAAGACUCUGAUUCCGAGGACGAAAGUUCUGGAGGUACCGAGGGUAGCUGCUCUUAUUCGGAUUCGAAUUCAGAUUCGGACGACGAAAGUAGCGGCGACGAGGAAGAUACGGGAUCCAACACGGAUUGCACCUCAGACCACAGCGAGCCUGCGUUUUCCAUUCAGAACGCGAAUUUUGAACCGGGAGCACUUAAAUUGAAGCUGAGCAAGAAAGGUCCAAAAAAGGAGGAAUCAGAGAAAGUGAAAUGCGAGAAAAGUCGAAGAGGCGCAUCGAAAAAAGUUAAAACGAGCCGCGGAGGGAAGUCAUCCGAAUGCAGCAGCGACGAUUCUGACUCGUCGCAGAGCCGUCCACCUUCGCAGCAACAGCAAGCGACGUCGCAGCAGUCGCAGCAGCAGCAACAACCCCAGCAGCAUCAGCCGCUUCAGGAGAUCAAUCAGGAAGAUUUGGCGGCUAUCUUGCCGGACCAGGAGCACGAAGACGCUCCGUUCGACGGUUUUGAAGAUUCGGAGAGCGGUCGGUUAGUAUCGAAAGCGAUCGAGCGUAUGUCGCUCGGUGCCGAUUCCGAUACGAGUGAAACCGGUGAUCAGAAUCCUGUACCUGUGUAUAGUUCCACUUUGCUGCAACAAUUCGUUGAGAAAACGGCUCUGCUGUCCGAACCAAGAAAAAGACGGAGUAAAUUAGGAAAGAAAGUGAACGAUUCCGAAUAUCCCUGCGUUUCGAAUGUGUCUCCAGACUCAGGGAUACAGUCGGUAGACAAUAGUCCGUUGCAUUCGGCUAUUAGUCCCGUGAGUCCUCCGGCACCGGCGCAAUCCCCGGUACAACCAGUUGUCACGAAGCCAGCGGUGAACGUUGAUCGUGUUCUCUAUCCACCUAAACGAAAACCUGGUAGACCGGCGAAAACGGUUUCUACGCAACCUCGUGGCCCGGGAAGGCCGAGGCUGAAGCCAGAGAUCGUAGAGAAGAUUGAGAAAAUUGAGAAGACGGAGAAGACCGGCAAGAACGAGAAGACCGAAAAGAAGGAGAAUCAAUCAGUAAAAGUAGCGAAAGAAGAAUCGAACAAAAGGGGAAAAGCGAAGGUGCCGCCACAGAAAACCGCUUCAUCAUCCCGGACAGAUAAACAAGAGGAAAAUGAAUCGGCAAAGAAGUCGAAGGAGAAGACGCCGGUCGUUUGUCAGAAGAAACGGAGCUGCAACAUUUCCAAGCAAUGCACGCAGGGUAAGGUAACCGGGAAGCGGAACAGCGUAAAUUCUCCAGCGCGUGUCAAGUGCCUAAGUAGAACUGUUACGAGCAAAUAUGGAAAAGAGGGAGUUCAAUGCAACGGUGGGUCGUGUAAGAAAGUCGGGAAAGAGAAGCCCGCUGGAACGGGAAACAAAACUACGACUCUGUUACGGCGACAGAAGCAAUCGAUUUGCGAACGAUCGUCCAAUGACAAGAAACUGGUCAGUUCGAGUAAGAGAAGUCUGAAGGAGAACAGAAGCUCGUCUACAGGAACUUUGGCUAAAAGACAGGUAUUGGUGAAGAAGAAUGCCGCGCCGGUCACGCGACGCGUCUUGAAAGAAAAUAAAAAUACGAAGAAGGCCGGGACGGCGUUCGCAACGAACGGAGUUGGCGUGCAGACGUUGAUAUCUUUACCUGUUGGCGAGGUAUUAAAGGCCGAGAAAGUUGGAAAUGUCAGCAACAAGUGCGACAAGGCGACGCAGCCUAUACACAAUCAUUGUCACAAAAACCAUCAUCACAAGCAUCGAAGACGGAUGCUUUUGCCGCCAAAAAAUCCCAUACGGAUCCAUCCGUGUCUUAUCCAAGAGUUAGAGAAGCUGAUCGAAGAGUUUUCGAGAUUGUGCACUUUAGGUAGGAACAAUUCGAACUCUGGUUAUUCCGAGUUACCUCAGAUAUUCCGCAUAAGGAAAGUGACGAAGAAGAGGAAAGGCGACGUUUCGGCGAAUGAAGACCAGAAGCAAAAAAGACGUUUGAAGAAAGAGAAGACUCUGUCAGGGACAGAUUCGAAAAACAGUACGAAUGCGAACGCGAAUUCGAAUCCCAAUGAACAGCGAUUACCAUUGAAGAAGAGGCAUUAUCACGUGUCCAGUCCUCACAGUUCGCAAAGCUCGAACGCAAGUGGCACGGAUGGAGCAGCGAACGAAGCGAACUCCACCGAGAGUCACAUUGAAGAAGCAAUCGAAGCGACCAUAACGAGGUAUGGAGGCAGUUCCGCAUCCUCUUUCCAAGAAGAUUCUGUACCUGUUACUCCUAAGAAAAGGCUUAGGGACACUGAGAGCAGAAACCCCGACAAGUCGAGUGCGUCGUGUUCCGAUCUUUUGGACGAGAAAUCAUUGAGUCAAAUAGAAAUACAGCCACGUCGUAAGAAGAAGAUCGUCAAAGAUCUACGUGUAACGGUUACGAAAUUACCUGUCGAGGGUCACGGAGCUUCGGAGAAGGGUGAAAAGACGGACAAAGCUGAGAAAGCUGAUAGCAAGGCCGAGAAGUCUGAGAAAAGUUCUAACGAUUCUAGAAGCGCGAAGAGUCGCGGGGAAAAGGGCGGUAGAAGCGAGAAGGCGACGGAGAAGUUGGUGAAAAACGACAAAAGUCAAAACGAUAAAGUCGAGAAAAGAGAUAUCUCGCCGGAUGUUCAUUUGGAGAAGAAUAUAAAAGUGGAUGCCGCAGAAUUUAAUGCAGCGGAAAGUUUCGAUGAGAACGAAACGAAACCAGCUCAAAGCAGUCUCAGUCCUAAUGUCCCGAAUCCUUUGAACUCCUCCGCAGUACUGGUAUUAGCUAAGAAGAAAAUUAGAAGAAGGAAAACCAUCAACCGUACAGGUUUUCCUACGUUGAAGAAAAAGAAGAAGAAAUCCGUGAAGAUGAGGGAGACAACAGACGCAUCGAGUGCUGUGGCUGGUGAGAAUAGUACGGACGUUCCAGCUGAUGCUGAAACCUCAACGAAGGAAGGAGCUGAAGACUCGAUAGUCGAUAGCAAAACGACUUUGCUAAAUACUGAGAUUCAAGAAGCGUUUGCUGAGGACGUAUCUCAUAAACCUGUUAACAACGUUACUCAGAGUCGAGUUCAGUCAAAAGCUGAUCCGUGCUCGAGUGACACAAAUUCACCGAAAUCGGAAACUAAUAGCCGUGCUCGUUCCGAGGAGACGUCUGAACCUCGUUCCGGUCAAUUGAGGGUUCGCAAGGAUCUCGUAGAAACGGACAGCGAUAACGCGUCAAACAAAUUGUGCCCGGUUAAGUUUGAAAAGAUUCAGGACGCAAAGCCUUAUGACGAGAACGCGCCUCUGGACGAAGUCGUAGAGAGAUUCAAUUCGAAUCAACGCAUCGCAGAGUUGAGCGAAGAAAACGUGAAAAAACUGGAACGCGCGACGUCUCAGACGAACAUAAAAACGGAGCACGCGGGUUCGUUUAACGGGAAUCAAAGAAAGCGCAGGGGUUCCUCGAGUCCUUGCAAUUUGACGGCUAGAAACCUGAAGCGGUUGCGUAGCUCCGGCUACGACACGGAGAACGACAUCAUGCCCAAUAACGACGUCCUUAGUGACGAUCACGAGGUAGGCAAGCAUUCGAACUCGACGCACACGAGGAAGAAACAAUCCAGGUGGAAGAAACGUUACUUACAGGGAGAUAUUCUGCAGGAGUACGGGAAAGAUUUCGACGGGAAAUCGCGUGGCAACAUCGAGAACAGCGGCGCCUCUGGAAAAAAAAUCGCGUCCGAAGCCAGUGAGUCCGCGGCUUUGUUGUCUACGUAUCAAUGCGGGAAAUUGCUGCGACAGAGGAAAAUGCCAUUUCAGCUCCCCUACGAUUUGUGGUGGUUGCAUACGCAGUCUAGAUUGCCUGGCAGAGAAUCCGCAGUUCCAUCGUGGAAUUAUAAGAAAAUUCGUACUAAUGUAUAUUACGAUGUAAAGCCUACUACUCUGUACGAAGCUCAAGCUUGCGAGUGCAAGCCUGAAAGCGGCUGCGGGGACGAUUGCAUCAAUCGUAUGGUUUUCAGCGAGUGUUCCCCGCAGCUUUGUCCUUGCGGCGAGAAGUGUGAGAAUCAGAAAAUUCAGAAACACGAGUGGGCACCGGGUUUGCAGAAAUUCAUGACCGAAGACAAGGGUUGGGGCGUGAGAACUCAACAAGCCAUAAAAUCUGGGGUCUUUAUUCUUGAGUACGUCGGGGAAGUAGUAUCCGAAAGAGAGUUUAAAUCGAGAAUGGCUACCAGGUAUGCGAAUGAUACGCAUCACUAUUGCCUGCAUCUCGAUGGUGGUUUGGUAAUCGAUGGGCAUCGUAUGGGCGGCGACGGAAGAUUCGUGAACCACUCUUGCGAACCCAAUUGCGAGAUGCAAAAGUGGAGCGUUCACGGCCUUCCGCGUAUGGCGUUGUUCGCUUCUAGAGAUAUCAAGCCGGGUGAAGAAUUGACAUACGAUUAUAAUUUCGCGCUCUUCAAUCCAUCCGAAGGACAGGAGUGUAGAUGCGGUAGCAGCGCUUGCAGAGGCGUGAUUGGUGGGAAGAGUCAGCGGGUUUCGAAGAGUGUAACUGCUAUUCCGCCGCAGUUGGAACCGCCGGAAAGGCGAUCGGUCGGACGACCAAGAAAGAACAUGCGAAAGUCUAACGCGGUCCAAUCUUCAAAUUCGAAAGGCAUUUGCAAAUCUCGAAAAAUGGGCGAUUCUAGUUUGAUCCACGCACCCGUAUUGAAACCUAUGUCGCAUCAGCAACGGUGCUUCGCUCAACAACAUCAUUGUUUCCUGUUAAGGAAUUUGGAGAAGGUUAGACGCGUCAAAUCGUUAGUGAAUCAAGUCCAAGUGCAAAAUGGUAAAACCAAGUUUGGCAAUGCGAACGCCGUGAAAGAAAAAGGUCCAGCGGACGCGAAGAUUCAAUCUGACGCAUUCUUCUCGCAAUUAACGGCACUUACUAAUACAAAUACGCGUACCGUACGAACCCGAAGACUGGCUCAAGCGCAGGACGAUCCAGAAAUGCACAAAACUGCGAAAUUGGCCAAGGUUUUGAAAGAUUUGUAUAGUAUCGUAACAAACGCGAACGAUGAGAAUGGACAACCACUGUGCACACCGUUUAUAACGCUACCAUCGAAGAGAAAAUUGCCAGACUAUUACGAGAAAAUAUCUGAUCCUAUAGAUCUGACUACGAUCGAUCAGUGUAUCGGUACAGGUCAUUACAAAACUGCUGAGCAUUUCGACCAGGAUAUGAUCAAGCUGUUCGAUAACAAUGUCCGAUUCUUCGGGAGAACCUCGGAAAUCGGUAUAGCCGCGGCAAGGUUGAGAAAACUAUAUCUAGGAAGCAAACCCGAUUUCGUGGAUGCCAUCACAGAAGCGAUGGGCUCUCCUCCGUCUCAAGGAUUUUUGCCUCCUCGUGGUUCUACGGCGGGCGAGGAAGAUGUCAUCAGAUGCAUUUGUGGCUUGCACAGAGACGAAGGCUUGAUGAUUCAAUGCGAACGCUGUCUUGUUUGGCAACAUUGCGAUUGCGUUAAAGCCGAUACGAGCGUAGAAUCUUACUUAUGCGAAAGGUGUCAUCCGCGCCCAGUGGAUCUCGAGAUUCCUUUGGAAGGCGAUGAGGAAGAGGAAGGCAAAAAGCAUUACGUCACUCUGAUGCGCGGCGAUUUGCAGCUCAGGCAGGGCGACACAGUGUACGUGUUGAGAGACACACCCGAGAAACAUACAUACAAAACCAUACAAAAACCCGACUAUGAACAGAUGGAUAUCUUUAGAAUCGAGAGACUCUGGAAAAAUACCGAAGGCGAGCGGUUCGUGUUUGGUCACCAUUAUUUAAGACCGCACGAAACGUAUCACGAACCGACCAGAAAGUUUUAUGAGAACGAAGUUGUGUGUGCACCACUUUACGAAGCAGUUCCGUGCGACUUGGUUGCUGAACGAUGUUGGGUUCUCGAUCCUCACACGUAUUGUAAAGGUCGACCGGUGGGUUCUACGCCAGAGCAUACUUAUGUCUGCGAGUAUCGCGUUGAUCGCGCUGCUCGAUUGUUCACAAGAGUUGCCAGAGCCAGGCAUCAAGUUUGCACGAAACCUUACGCGUUUGAAAUGUUUCCACAACGAAUCAAGCAUUAUCGGACAUAUUUGCCCCACAGUCUGGAAGGGAUUCAAGUCGGAGGGAAGAUGAAUAAAGAUAAAAAGAAGACGAGCACCCAGGAAGUCGAUUCUAAUCAGAAGUUGGAAGCGGGCGACAAUGCAAAAACGCACACCAAGGACCAGCAAAAAUCUACCAGUAAGGGGAGACGACGGUCGAACGAAAUUUUAACUAUCGCUACACCCGCGACGUCGUUCGCUCAGAGAGAAGAACAGAGGAGACGACUAAACAGCAUUUUAACCAAUCUAUUACAAAAGAUGCCGAAUAAAAAAGACCCUCUGGAUCUGUCGUUUUUACUAGAGAGAAACAGGCGAAAUCGUAAGAGGCCAGGUGGAUUAAAUCCGUGACACUGGAUUGUACAUGAACGAUAAUAAGGCUUUAUAAUAUUAGGUACAUGCGAUGUGCGUGUACGACACUCCACACGUAGACAGACUCGCGCGCGCACAUACGUACGAUAGCUAACACAGUUAAUAAUAUGUGCCACUGCUAAUUUCUCUCACAGUCGAAUCUGUAAUCAAACCGAUCAGACCGAUCGAUUAUUUCGUUUCGUUAUACGUAAUCGAUGUCAUUCAAUCUGUUUUACAAGGGAAAUUAGAGACAGCUCGUUUCCUUCUCCUUGUUACACCAUGACCCGUCCAUUCGUAUAAUUUUAAUCUUAAAUGCGAAGGCUAUCCUCCGCGAGGAACGUCGUAUCAAUCGAGAACCAUUUUAUAUGUUGUUUUAACGUGUAUGAAACUCGAUAGGGAACCAUGGGCUCAGGUACCGAGUGAAAUUUUCUAUUGUCCUUUUGGCAUCUUUUUAAGGUAGAAGUUCGAGAGAUAAAUGGUAGACGCAUUAAUUGAAACGAAUGGUAAUCUUCGAUUAUCUUUUAUUUAGGAUAUUCCAGUGAGUUUUAUCUCGAAAAAUUUGUAAGUAUUUCGAUCGCGUGGAGAUAUAAUUCGUUUUUGUGAAACGGAGGAAAUCAGGUCCCGCACGGUGGACAAUGUAUCUGUUAAAUUAAAUCUAACGAGAUCUAUAUUAAUUCUAAUAUAAU